AUGAAGAGAUUUAUCUAUCUAGCUCUAGCUUUGAGGCUUUUAUGGACACUGGUCAUUGGUGCCGACACAAUUGCAGCUGGCCCUCCCGUACUCAGCACCUCAAUCGUCAAAAGGAGCGAUUUUUUCAAAGAUGCAUACAAAAAUGCAUUCAUGCAGCAUUGUACUAUGUCGUGGCUCGUAGUCAAGGAUCCCGCGCCAACGGACCCGAAAGCUUGUCCCUAUAGUCAAAAAAAACGGCAGGCAGUUGCAGGCUCCAACUUCCUCCCUCAAGAACUUUAUCCCAAUGCGCCAAAGGUCCUUCACUUGAACGAUAUCAAAGGUCACGGCGGCUACAAGAUAUGCUAUCUUGUCCCAAAGACUCAAAAUUGUCCAAGUGGCGGCGCCUGGGGAAAGGACUGGUUCAAAGUUCAAUACAAUGGAGCAAUGUAUGGUGUUGCUUGCAGCAAAGACAGGGCCCACACUCCCCAUCGAGCGCCACAUACGGCCAAGGUGCAGGUGGCCUGGCGUAAUUAUCAUCAGAUUUGGUUCAAGCAACCACCUGUGUGUCGAAGGGUUUUGAUUGUUUUCAAGUGA